ACACUCCAUCCAUCCACCUAUCCGUACAAGAACGCGUGCAUUGACAACUGCGGCCUGGAACCGUCGAGGUUCGAGGGCGAUUCUCCUAACUCCAAGGCACUUUCUAUAUAAUUUUGUCGCUAAAGAAACGUGCCAACUUGGAGACGGGAGUAUCGGUGAUUUGGAUAGCUCCUCUACAUUCACCACCGUCACUGACCGCAUCAGUUAUUUGGACCCCACCCCCUCCACGACUCGCGAUAACCCGGACUCCCUCGCAUUCGAGUGCCAGCUCCGUUUCUCGCUCCGGAUUCCCAUUCGAACCUCCCGCAAAAUCGUGUGCCGCAUCGAUUUGUAGCCUUGGUGGAGGACAGGGCAUCGUCAUGGAUUAUGCGCGCCUUCGCGCUGCCGCCCUGAGCGGUGAGGACGAGGAGGCGGUUACGGUCGACACCCGAGCGCUCAUCGACAAGGUUCUCGCACGAUACUCGGGAGAAUGGACAACCCUUAGAGAGCUCAUUCAGAAUGCUGCCGAUGCGCAGGCUACAACGGUCAAGAUUAAGUGGGAAACGAUUCCGUCGACACAGGUUCCGCUCCCAACAACAACCAACCAGUCCGAACUUGUUAAGCAUGUCAUCUCGCACCACACCCUGCGGCGGCUUGUCGUCCAGAAUAACGGGCAACCAUUUUCUCAGACGGACUGGAGGAGGCUGAAGAAGAUUGCCGAGGGUAAUCCCGACGAAACCAAGAUCGGCGCCUUCGGCGUUGGCUUCUACAGUGUCUUUGCCGACUGCGAGGAGCCGUUCGUCAGUUCUGGGGACGAGGCCAUGGCUUUCUACUGGAAAGGGAACGCGUUAUUUACGAGGAAGGUCACUCUCCCGCCCGGCGAGGGAAGCCCGGACACUACCUUUGUGCUCGACUACAGGAAUACUACCACGCCGCUUCCAAACUUGCUCUCCGUCAGCCAGUUCCUCGCGACCAGCUCGACAUUUGUGGCGUUGCAAAACGUCGAGUUUUGGAUCGACGACUGGAAGCUUCUGGAGCUGCACAAGAAGCUGUCUCCGUCUGUGAAUUUGAGCAUUCCGCGAGACUUGGAAACCAGGACCAAAGAAGGACUCAUGGAACUCGUCUCGGCAGACCAAACCAGUGUACAGAUUGACGCUACGUUUAUGAGUGUCAUUGGCUGGAAGCCGCAGCUCGCGGCAUCAGCGACGAAAUCUAACGAGUCCUAUACUGAAUUGCCUUCACUGAAGAACUUCUUUUCUAGGCUUACUUCAGGCUCGUCUUAUUCCUCAUCUCGAACCAAAGCCGCCAAGGAAGAAAGGGCGAUUCAGGACGCAAUAGCAGAGGAUCUUACAGCCAAGUCGACGUCGGUCAUUUUUCUUCGCGUAGUCUCGGCCCAGAUAGCCACCCGCAUCUCCUCCUCUUUUGCUGCCGAACUGGAGCGGGCGACCAAGAAGCCUCCUCCGAAGAAGACCAAGAUCUCCAUUCUGACUUCAUCGUAUGAUGAGACUGUCGCCUCGGAGGAGGCCUCGUCGACCCAGGCGUCUAAGAUCGCUGAUGUAUUUGUCUCUGUUCUCCCCAGCAAAAAGCCGGGCGGGCGUAUUUUCAUCGGUUUCCCGACUACGCAGACAACCGGUGCUGGGAUGCACAUAUCGGCGCCAUCUGUCAUUCCCACAGUCGAGCGCGAAGCCAUAGAUCUGAACGCCCGCUGGGUACGGUCCUGGAACAUGGAGAUGCUGCGGGCAGCAGGCAUCGUGUCUAGGCUUGCGUAUACCGACGAGAUGUCGUGCCUGGAUAAGAAGCUCAGGAACAUGUGCGAGGCCAGCGGAAAGAAGGGAGCGGCCAUAUCCUCGGAUCUUGUGCAAAAGUGCAUCCCCGAAGCCCUGCACAUCCUGAAGACGUACACUUUCCGGGAUUCAACGCCAAGUGCACUGGUCUCUCAGACCAUCGAAGAGGCCUUCUGGGUAGCAUCUAAGACUUUUAGCGCGGAUGUCUUCUCUUCCCGCGGAGUGCUCCCGGCGAAGAAGGUUCGCACAUCAUCUGAUGAAAUUGCCAAAUUCGUCGGCGGGAUUCCGGUUGUGCUCAAGGAGAUGAAGGACGACCCAUUCAUUUUGCGCCUGAUCGAUUUCGGACUCAUCAAGGAAAUCACCGUCGAUGAUAUCUGUCAGGAACUCAAUACCCAACCGCUGAACAAGGUCCAGCUCAACCACUUCCUCCAGUGGAUCACCAAGGGCGCUUACAAUGGAGACAUUGACCCUCCCAGUGUCCAGCGGCUGCUGGACGUCGCCGUCGCGACCAUCACCGACAGUGGUGAUUCCGGCGAUAUCAUUGCCCUCGGCACAAUCAAGAACUAUCCCAACAGCAGAAUUCCGGCGAGUCUCCCAUUGCCGCCUACUACACUCCCCAUCGCCUUUACUGCGAACAUCCCGGAAAACAAGCUCCAAGCUCUAGGCUGGGAACCUCUGGGCGUGGUCCCUUGGUUGAGGUUCCUGAUCGAAUCUGCCCCUAGGAGCCCCGACGAGCAGAACCUGACCAAGUCGGCCAAGUUCGCUCUUCAAGUCCUGACGGUUCUUUCGAAGAAUUGGGACAACUUGAGCUCGAGCUCCAAAGCGUCUGUCGUCUCUGCGGUGCAGCAUAUCACCAUCAUGCCCACCAAGGCAGGCUUGAAGAAGCCUGAGGACUCGUUCUUCCCAUCCGUGAAGCUCUUUGACGACCUCCCGACGCUCGAGGGCUGCGGGAAUCUCAAGGAAAAAUUUCUGACAGCGCUGGGCGUGAGAAAGACUGUCGAUCUCGACACAAUCUUCACACGAUUAUUGAGCCCCUCGCCGGCGGCUGGCGAUGGCGCGCAUGCGAGAUGGAGCCAUAUGCAGCUGAUCAAGUAUCUCGCUUCCGUCAAGGACGACAUUCCUCUGGCCGAUAUGAAGAAGCUCCGAGAAUCGCCGUUGUGUCCAGCUGAAGCUGGGCCCCCGGGAAUGGAGCCCACAAAGGGCACCAGCCGGCUAUACAAGGUAUCGGAGCUCUACGAGCCCAAAGACUCGUUACGGUCUCUUGGACUGCCCAUCCUACACUGGCCGGGCCCUCCAGGCAGUUUCAGGAAUACCAGCCCGGAGGCGCGGUUCUUGUAUGCUCUCGGAUUACGUCCGUUCCCGACCGUUCCGGAGCUUGUGGACAUGAUGUCGUCGUCAGAUGACAAGCUUCGAGCGAACGCCAUGGCCUACUUUGUCGGGAAUCAUCAUCUCAACGGAUACACCGGGUUUGACUUGUCCAGUUCAGAGAAGUGCUUCCUUCCGGUCGAAGGCAAGGAGAAACAGUUGGUUCAGCCAUCUGCCUGCUACACGAAUGAGAGGGCGGCUGUUCUUGGGUAUGACAUUCUCAGGCGAGAUUUGCACCAACACGCCCCGAAAUUUGGCGUUGCACGCGAUCCUCCGAUUACAGGUUGUGUGGAGCGACUUAUCGCGAAGCCGCCCCAGGACCGGACCAUGGCCAUCAAGCUGUUUGAGUACUUUGCUACCCGGCUGGGAGAUCUAGGCCACAAUAGCCUGGUGAAGUUGAGGGAUGCUGCUAUCAUCCCAGUGAUGAGGCAACAGGAUAGCCGAGAAGGGUCCGAGGACAAGGCCAGGUCAAAACUGGUCUACAUCCGGCCUACUCAGUGUUACCUGGGAAGUUCAUCAACAUACAAGGACAUCUUUGACUUUGUCGAUUUUGGGGGUGACGCAAAUACCUUCCUGUUCAAGUGCGGUGCCAAGAUCGAGCCAACGAAGCAUGAGAUUGCACAGCUGGCUUGUACUGAGCCCGCGCGGUUGCUGAGUGUCCUGCAGAGCCCCGAGAAGUACCUCAACCUUCUCAGGUCGAUCGCGGAGGACAUGUCGACUCUCAAGAGGGACAAAGAGCUUUUCAGGAAAAUGCGGACAUCGCCAUGGCUGCUCGGCUCCCGGGAACUGUCGUCAGGGAAGAACAAGGAACCCGAGGCAGCGGAAGAGGAGGAUGCUCCGAUCAAGCACUACCAGCUCGCUACAGCCGAUAGCAUUGUCAUUCUCGACGAUUACAUUAGCUACCGGCUGUUCAAGGAAGCGCUGCUCUGUGCCCCGGAGGAUGAUCUCUUGGAGGCCUUUUACAUGGCCCUCGGCUCCGAAUCACUGGGCAGUAGAGUCCGGGAAGAACUGUCGGUAGGACAGCGGACGCGAGAUCAGAGUGGCGCCGAGUGGCUCCGGAAGCACGUGCUCGAACGCUCGAAGCUCUUCUUGCAUGAGUACUCAAAGGACAAGCGUGAUGCCAUCAAACACGGCACUCAUUGGCUGGAAAAGAACCUGCAAGUGACGACGGUCUCGUCGCUCGCCCUGCGGCGGUCGCUGAAGGGUCACGCCAAGACCCACCAGGAGAAACGGUCAGCGGCCAGUUCCCAGACGGCGAAUGGAUGGAUGCUGUACGUCGCCGCCGAGGAGAAGAAGCCAGAUAUGUACCAAGUCGGCCACGCCAUCUGUCAACUCCUGCUGAAGCGCCCUAAUCAGCACGCUUACUUCUUCUUCGAGCCUUUCCUGAAGCUUGGCUUGCUGGAGCUGCGAGCGCGCGGGUACAACGUCGACCGGAUCCUGCGCGCCAAAGCCGCUGAAGCUCGGCUGGUGGAGGAAGAACGUCGCAGGGCGCUCGAGGCAGAGCAGAGGAGGAUCCAGGAGCGCGAGAAGGAAUGGGCGGCUCAGGACGCGCCCCAGGAUGCCGUGACCCCCCAGCGAGCGCGCGACCGCAUGCCAGGCAGUUUCGACGAUUCCCCGGAACCUUCGACGAGCGCCGGCCUUCCGCCGCCACAGCAGCAGCGGCCGAAGAAAGGCGGCAGCCUAUUCACAAACCUUACCCGCCGCUUGGGGUUCGAUACGUCUGAUGACACUCCCCCGUCACCCACCCAUUCGGAGCUCGAUAAGUUCCUCCCUCCUCCACCGCCUGGCUCGACCGGGGGUGGCGGUAGCGGCACCAAGCCGACGGAUGACGGCAACCGUGUCACCUCGCCCGCAACCAUCCAGCAAAACCUCCUCAACGCGAUCAAGGCCACACGGGCGCACGAUUCGUCGACGCUCUUUGCGCCGCCUCACCAGACCGUGGUGCAGGAACAGACGACGUACUGCGACAGCACGCCGGCCCAGAACAUGGCCUUCGCCGCGGAAGCACCGCGUGGCAUGCGCGUGUUCCUGUCCAAAGACCACCCGGGCGACUCGGGCCAGUUUGUGGCGGCGCACGUGGACGGGAUCGCGCGGUUCGAGGCGCUGCUGCGGGACGUGGCGGCCGUGUACGGGCUGAGCGACCGGGCGCUGCACAUCUUUUACGACGAGAGGGGCAAGACGAUCGCGUUCAACAGCAACGGGAGCGUGUUUUGCAACCUGCGCUUCUGGGAGCAGCUGCACAGCAGGGAGGGGAUGCAGAGCGGGCAGGGCAGGGUCGAAGCUACGACGUGGUGGUGGGUCGUGGUGGCGCACGAGCUGGCGCACAACCUCGUGUCCGUCCACGGGUCGGAGCAUAGCUAUUACACGGAGUCGUUUGUGCAACAGUACUUUCCCAAGAUGAUGGCCAAGGCGGCAGGCUGGAUGGCGGGCGCGGCUGGUCCCGCGGUCGCCGCCGCCGCCGCCGCUGCUCCGCCGUCUGCGGCUACGGAUGGGGCAAGUCCCGACGUGCAGGAGUCGCCGCCGCCUUACUCGCCCUUUGGCUUUUGACUAGCUGGGCAGAUUUGGAACUAGAGGGGCCGCGUCCGUUUGGGGGUUGCGGCGGUGUAGAGGGACGGUGCCUGCUGCAGUAAGGGCCACUAGAUGACAUGGGAACAUCUUGAUUUUUGUUCGAUUCAUAACACGACCUGGCCACUUCGCCCUUCUUUUUCGAAGUCGGUCUAUCUGGUGUUGGUUCGAUUGUACUGCACAGUUGAGACCGGGGAGACGCAUUGCAUCACAUUAGAGAGAACGCAUAUACAUUCAGAGAUGAGAGCAUGCCUUUCUUUUGCUUUCCUCUUUUCUCCUCUUCUUGUCUGCUUUUGAGACUGCUACCGUGGACCGAGACGUUGUUUGCAUGCGCCCACGUGUCAACGGAAACUUACGCUACCCUUAUGCGGUA